AAACAAAACUUCUUCCUGAUAGCUAUACAGCAGGUGUACCGGUUUGGUAAGAGGUAAUUUUUAGUCAAAGUCCUGUGUUUAACAGGAUGGCAGAUACCCCUUUUCAUUAUAAGGCAGAUGAUGACGAUAGUCUGCUGUUGAAUGAAAGCAACAAGGGUAAUAAGAAUGGAAAAUACGAAAGUAAUUCGGUGCUUAAGCAUUGGAAAAUACUCGUAUCUGGAUUUGGUGUAAUAUUGUUAAUCUCACUUGGUGUUGUUAUUGGUGCUGUUUUUAAUGGUAAAUCAUCAUCCGAGGUGCAUAGACCUGUGAGAUCUAAUAACCUUCGUUUACCAGAUAACAUAAAACCCAUCAAGUACAAUCUAUUUCUGCAUCCAAACAUCACAGACAAUAAGUUUGGAUUUACUGGUCAUGUCAAGAUUCUGGUAGAAGCAUUGAAAGUUUCAGAUUCAAUUGUUUUGCAUAGUAAACAUUUAAACAUUACAUCUAUUACUGUGUACAAAGGAGAAGAUGCCAUGAAAAAAGAAUCAGAAAAAGCAACAGAACAGUUAAAGGUUGAUGGUCAUAAGUUACACAAAAAACAUGAAUUCCUUACAAUAAUGUUGGCCAAGAAUUCUAAGCUUGGACCAAAACAAAAGGCUGUAGUAUCUAUCAAAUUUUCGGGGAGUUUAUCUGAAGGCUUGGAGGGAUUUUAUAAAAGCUCUUACAAGACAAAAUCAGGUGAAAAAAGGUAUCUUGCUACAACUCACUUUGAAGCUACACAUGCCCGGAGUGCUUUUCCAUGUUUUGAUGAACCAGCUAUGAAGGCUAAUUUUUCAAUAGCGAUGGUGCGUGAAGGUCAACACACUGCGUUGUCUAACAUGCCUCGUGCAAAUACAAAACAAAGAAAGAGUGAUGGACUUCAUGUUGAUUACUUCAAAGAAAGUGUUAAAAUGAGUACAUAUUUGGUUGCAUUUAUUGUUUGUGAUUAUGGCGCAACAACACGAACUACAAAGAACAAUGUUACGGUGAAAGUUUGGGCACCAAAAGAACAAAUAGAUCAAACAGUAUUUGCUGCAGAUACUGCUGUAAAAGUGCUUGAUUACUACGAUGAGUUCUUUCAAGUUAAAUUCCCUUUGCCCAAACAAGAUCUUAUUGCCAUCCCAGAUUUUGCUGCCGGUGCUAUGGAGAACUGGGGAUUAAUCACAUACCGAUUGACAUCCAUUCUGUACGAUGAGAAGGAAUCAAGCUCUGCUAAUAAACAAUGGGUGGCUGUUGUGAUUGCGCAUGAACUUGCGCAUCAGUGGUUUGGCAACUUAGUCACAAUGAAAUGGUGGAAUGAUUUAUGGUUGAACGAAGGUUUUGCUGCAUUUGUUGAGUUUAUUGGUGCGAAUGUCACCAAUGCAGGCUGGCAGAUGAUGGAUCAGUUUAUUGUUGAUGACACUCAGUCAUCGUUAACAUUAGAUUCGCACGCUAACUCUCAUCCAAUUUCUGUACCUGUUCACGAUCCUGCUGCUAUUAAUGAGAUCUUUGAUACCAUUUCCUACGAUAAGGGAGCUUCCAUUAUUCGCAUGAUGAAGAAAUUUAUUGGCAGCAAAGCCUUCCACACGGGACUAACAAAUUACUUGAAGAAAUAUCAAUACAACAACGCAGUUAGUGAUGAUUUGUGGGGUUGUUUGACCAAGGCACAAAAUGAGAAUGAUCCUAAACAUAAAAUCGAUGUUAAAUCUGUCAUGGACACAUGGACAUUGCAAAUGGGAUAUCCUGUCAUUACUGUGAAGAGAAACAAGAAAGAAAAAUAUGCCAUCUUAACUCAAAAACAUUUUCUCAUUGAUGUUGAUACGAAGAUUCAAAAGUCAGUCUACGACUACAAGUGGGAUGUUCCUUUGACCUAUUACUUCCAGCAUCAACCAGAAAAUAAAAACAAAUGGUUUUACAGAAAGCAUGAUUCAGUCAAAAUAGACUGGAACGAGCAGUCAGGCUGGAUGAAAGCUAACAUAGAUCAAAUUGGUUUUUACCGUGUGAAUUAUGACGACGAAAACUGGCAAGCGUUAUCAAAACAACUCGAAGAUGAUCACAAGCAACUUUCAACUUCUGAUCGUUCCAAUCUCAUCGAUGAUGCAUUUGAAUUGGCAAAAGCGAACUUACUGUCACAGAUCAAAGCACUCGACAUGACGAAAUAUCUUACCAGCGAGAAGGAAUAUGUACCCUGGAUAACUGCAUUAUCUUCCUUGUCUUAUAUCGGAGACUUGCUGUUGACCAGAACUGGAUAUGAUUAUUAUGAAAGAUACAUCGUCAAGCAAGUUGCACCUAUGGUUAAAGAACUUGGUUGGAAAGAUGAAGGAACUCAUUUACAAAAGUAUCUUCGUGGUGCUGUGCUUCGAAGCUCUGUCCACCAUAAUGACUCACAAUCUGUGAAUGCUGCAUUAAAAAUAUUCAACGAUUGGAUGUAUCAAAAUAAAAGUAUUCCAGCCAACAUGCGAUCAACAAUUUACUUGGCUGGUAUUAAAUAUGGCGGUGAAAAGCAGUGGAACCAUAUGUACAAAAUUUACGAGACUACGCAGUUUCCUGCUGAACAAAGAAAAAUCAUGUUCGCUUUGACAGAUACGACAAAUAAAACUAUCCUAAAGAAAUAUUUGAGUUGGACUAUGGACAACAGUAAGAUUCGCUCACAAGAUACGUGUUCAGUGAUCGAGCACAUUUCAUUAAAUCCUGUUGCCACUGAAAUGACGUACAAUUUUGUCAAAAAACACUGGCACACACUAUUUAAACGAUAUGGCAGCGGCUCUUUUGACAUGUCUAGCUUAACUAAAACGAUUUUUGGAAGACUUAAAACAGAGAAAGGUUUAAAGGAGGCUCAAGAUUUCCUCAGCACACAAAAGCACCAGCUAGGUUCUGGUAAACUAGCAGCAAAGCAGGCUAUUGCUGCGAUCAAAAAUCAUAUUGCGUGGUUGAAGAAGAACGAGAAUGAUGUUGUUGCAUGGUUAAAGAAGAAAGUGGAAUAAUAUAAAAUGUACUGAACACGUGUCCGGUACCACGUGUUUCAUCUUACUUAGAGGAGAAAGUUUCGCGGAUGGGAAAGUGACUCAUUUUGCGCGAAUGGAUUUUAAUUUUGCGAUUUGGCAUAAAGUGAUUUUUGGAUUAAUCCGUAAAGCCGCGAAAAUUUCUUCUCUCAAAUGAUGUAAGAAGCUACACUGUUAUGUUUAUUCGAGCAGUGAAUGAUGAACGCUGUAUUUAGCAAAACAAACAUUUUUAUUUGUUCAGCCUCAAGCGAUAAUGAAGAGAAUGUAAAAACUUGCUAAGUACAGUGUUUAACUUAUCGAUUUUAUUUAUACUUUCAUUAUAUUUUUGUAAUAUGUUAGAAUAAAAAUAUUUAUUUUGCUGGGGAAUUUUAUUUUAAAUAAGAAAGCAAUUUCUUUUUUUUAAUCAUAUACACACAACAACCGUCCCGUUAAUUUUUAAACUUGAAUUUUUAAGCCAUGCUUUGAAUAUUGAUAAAGCUAAUAUAAACGAAGCGUGGCUGCAAGCUUAAAAAAUUUAGCUGCCAUUUUUAAGAAUAACUCAUUCUAACCCCUUUGUAUCAAAUUUCGCAUCUUAAGCUAAAGAUUUAUUUAAAAAGUACAAUUAUUUUUUUGCACAUAGAGAUUUUAAGUAUUUUUCAGGUUAUUUUAAUGAGUGAAUGGAUUGUAUUUGUGUUUUAAAGAAACCUUGUUUUCAUCCUUCUAUCCAAUGUUAAGAUGGAUCGGGUAAUAUGAAUCAGAAUGGUCACGUUUACAAGAUUCAAUCUUACUGAAAACAAAAAAAAAACAUUUUAAGAAUGAAGACUCUGCCUAAUAUAACCCUGUCUGAGUCUAAAGGUUUAUCCGUAAAAACGUUGAGGUAAAAAGUGGAAUUUGCGACAAAUUUUGUGGAUUAGGGCUUUUAUUAUUAUUAUUUUAUUGAAAUUG